GACUGCGACGACCACAUCCUCGAUCGGUUCGUUCAUUUCCUCUCCGCUGCAAUGUCAGAGACGAAGAAGCGACCGCAUACAGAGGACGAGGAUGAGUUGCGCCCAAAGAAACGUGCACUCAGCAGUGAACAUGGGUCGAUUGGUCAGAUUAAUGGCGUUACAUCCUCCGCUGAUGAGCCUAAGGAGGGUGACAAUCUGGAGAUUUUCCGGAAAGAAGCAAUAUACAGAAGAAUGAAGUUCUACUCGCGCGAAUUCGAGAGGAGUGAAGCUCGAGUUGCUGAUCUCGAACGGCGGCGAAGUACAUGCGAAGCGGGUCUAGCUGCAUUGGAGGCAUGCUGGGCACAGAUCAUUGGCACGAUACGAUUGCUGGUCAAGCCGGAAGACCUCCCCCCGAUCGAUGUCAGCACUGAGGAUCUAUUUGAUUUAACGUCCCAUAUUUCCGAGGAUACGGAUCCAAAGUUCGUAGAUGCCUUGCAAAACAAAAUGCAGGCAACGUCCGAACUCGUGAGGGCUUUUAUGAGAUUGAGAGGUCAGGCUGCUGUGUCGUCGACGAGCGGUGACGCAUAUCGAGAUUUGCAGAGGGCGCAAACUGAGUGCUACGCUUUGCGUUCUGAAUUGUCCUUGACACGCACCAGACUCAAGGAUGCUGAAGAUACACGGGACAAAUUCCGCGAAGCUCUUCUUAACGCCGAGAGGCGGAUAGACCGGAUACAAAGCCAGACUAAAUCUUCACCGCACGACCACUCGAAAGGAGAUCUCAUAGUCACGGACUCAUCUGCGGAGACGCCGGCAUCGCCAGCACCACCCUCGAACGUUAUCAAUGGUGCUCAUAUGCCGGAUUCUGAUAGUUGGCUUGAAGUUGCAAAUGCUCGUCUAUUCGAAAUCCAUAAACUUAGAGGAGAGAACCUGCAAUACGAGAAAGAGGUGGCACAGCUACGUGAACAGCUCAUAGCUCCGUCAGACAAAGCUAUCGUUGAAUCUGUUGCCUAUAAGACAUUGGAAGCUAAAACAAAUGAGUUGGAACGCAUCAAUGCCGAGUCUCAGGACGAGAUUGUGGCACUGAGGGCGGAUAUAGAGAGAUUACAAAUCGACCAGCAGAAUUUGGUGGAAUCCAUGAACACUGCACACGAGACAGCGAUACAGGAUCUGAAGUCAAUGGUGGCGAAAAGGGACCAUGAUAUCAUACGUCUUCGCGAGUCCCGAGACCAACAAAUUGCCGAGCUCAACGAGCGUAGGCAGAAAGAUCACGUGAAGAUGCAAUCGCUCCAAGAGAUGAAGGCCAUUGUAGAAGCACGCUCUGAACGUCUCAAAAUCAUGGCAUCGGAGAUUACUAGGCUCAAGGCUCGUUUGGCCGCGGAUGCUGGCGACAGUGAUCUUUUAUCAUUCCUCCUGCGAGAUAGUCCAGAGGAGCCACAGAGUUACGUGCAAGACCUUAAGGGACGGCUCGCGGAUGCAGAGGCUCGAAAUGGUGCUUUGGAAGUCUCUCUCUCUCGAAUGGAGCGAGAACAACCUCAGUUGUUAGAGCAUGUCAAGGCGGAAGCAGAAGCCCGAGAGAAGUUAGCCAACGUUGAACAGCAGCUGAAACGGUAUCAAUCCGUGUAUGGCGAUAGCUCUCCUUCAGUCCCAGCCGACCUGCAGGCAUUGUCUGCUCGACUUCAGUCAAAAGAAGACGAGAUCCAAACGUUACGUCUUCAAGUGCAGCAGCGAGCUCAAGCGGAGGAAGCAGCAUACGAAGAGCUCGAGAAAUUAUCUACCGCAUGGGAGACGCUUGAUCGGCGUAUCCAGGAGAAAGUGUUCGAUCUGACUGCCAUAGAGGAGCGGCUGGCUAAAAGCACAUCAGACAAAGCUAGAUCGGACAGCAAGUUCUAUGCGGCCAUGAAAGACAAAGAGGCACUGGAGUCAGAACGCAAAAACAUGUCGCGCAAGUUUGACAAACAGACAAAACUCAUGGACAAAAUGCUCGAGGCAGAGAAAGCUCAAAAGGCACUACUCGCCCAUCGAGAGAAAGAGUUGGAGACGUUGCGACAGAACACGAACGAACUAAAGCACUAUAAUGACGAGCUUGAAGUCAGGGUUGCGAAGUCGGAGACUCGCGCCAAAACUGCGCAUGUCCAAUCUGCGAAUCAUAACAAGGAGAUGGACUCGCUUAGGACGGAGCUACAUCGGAGAAGAGCAGACUUGCGCAAAGAGGAGGAGGCUGUCAUCUCAUUGAAAAAUGAACAGCAGCAACUCACGGCUCAGCUCAAGGCAAAUUUGCAGCACCAAAGUACCAAUCCAGGCACGAGGGAAGCAGAACUGCAGAGCGAGGUGGAUAAAUGCAUGAGCAUUUUGAAGUGCUCGACCUGCAGACAGAAUAUGCGCAAUACCGUUAUUACGAAGUGUAUGCACUCAUUCUGCCGGCAAUGCGUAGAUGCGCGGAUAGCAACUCGACAGCGGAAAUGCCCUGCAUGUAAUCUUCCGUUCUCGCAAGGAGAAGUUCAUACGUUGUUCUUCCAGUAGUUGACUCUUCUUUGUUGUUUUACGUUAUUACCUUCGACCUUUCACUUGGGUUAUUGCUGGUUGUACCCUUGCUCGCUCUCGCCCUCAUCUCCGAGCUCUGACUUGACUGUAUCCAUACUUCUUUGCAUCUACCUUACAUUCUCUCUGAUAACACCCUGCUCUGUCCUUACAUAGUAACGAUGAUUCAAAUGCUACUAUUAGGCGCUUCCGGCAUCACCCACCAAGCCGUCGUUAUUUGCCGC